ACCCGACAGGCACGCUCGUUUCAUACAACCUCUUUUUUAAAUUCCUCAAAAUAUUGUAUAAAACCGACAAAUUCGAAUUAUCGGACUUAGAUUCGCCGGAAAGCAGUGUUUAAAAAAUUGUGUUUAUGUAGCGCCGUGGAACUUACAAAAUUUCAAUUUGGAAAUCGUUCAUUGACACCGAUCGCCAAAAAGUACUUUGUGACUGGAAUAGACUAGGUUAUUUGGAUUCGUGUUCCAAACAAAAUGCUGUGAUGUGAGUUCCAGAUUUUCACCUGUAGCGGAAACGGCUUACGUAGACGAGUAGCGGUAAACGGUAAAACAGCGUCCGCGCCACACGCGAGUUCUUGUUCUGUUGAGUAACCGUCGGGUUUCUAAAAAAGUGCUUUCGACUCAUUUAUACACAAACAUUUCGGUGGACUUUUUUUAAGCGUCGAAUCGUAAGUGUACUUGUACAGUUCCAUCAUUAAUAGUUGAGGACAUAUCCCGUUAGAAUUCCUCAUCUGUAUGGUCAGUGCGUGAUCUCUGUAGCUCCAGUCGUCAUAGAUUUAUUAGCGCCCGGUUUUGGUAGAUGAUGCCUAAGUAGGUGAACCCUCCGUGAGACAUUAGUGUUUUUGUUGAAGGGAGUUUCGUGUUGGUAGUUUUGAGUGCAUGGCGCGAUGAUCAGCGGAGGCUGGGUGUGUGCCCUGCACGUGCGCACCGCCGGCCUGGGCGGCGCCGCGCUCGGCUCCGAUGAGGAGGAGAUAGUCUACCUCGCCUAUGUCGUCAUUGAUGUCCUCACCAAUCAGGUCAUAGGACAAAGAGAAUUUGCGGUGCGACCAACAAGACGGCCAUCGGAAGAGAUACAGACUGGACAACCUUUAGAAAUAGUUAUAGAAAGGUUCGACGAGUUCGUGCGUUCGCUGAACGUGGACCCCCAUUCCCCACUCUUCAGGCUGGUUACAGACGGACAACCCCCAUUAAGGCAAUGUCUCUUCCCCGAAGCGUGCAGCAAGGAGAUAAAUCUACCAUCGUACUACGCGCGUUUCCACGACCUGCGCAAGGAGUUCGUGCGUGCGUAUACGCUGCGUGCCGUGGCCCCCGCUGCGCCACAGCCCCCGCCACCCCCCGAUCAUCCUAACACAUUGAUGGACAUGCUUAACUAUUUAGGUGUGGCCCCGUACUCAGGCGAGAAUUUCUACGCAGCGGAGGUGCAAGACAUGACUGCAAUCAUUCAAAGGAUAAUCUCCGACGGCUUCAGAUUAGAGCUGCCCGAGACGAUUGACUUAGUGUUAGAAACUGGAAUUUGCUCAAAGGACGAUGAGAUCGACGGCAACUGCAUAGUGCGUGCGCGCGGCCUGCCCUGGCAGUCCUCCGACCAGGAUAUUGCCAAGUUUUUCCGAGGACUCAAUGUCGCUAAGGGCGGCGUAGCUCUUUGUCUAUCACCACAAGGUCGACGCAACGGGGAGGCGUUGGUCCGUUUCGUGACCCAAGAACACAGAGACAUGGCGUUGAAACGGCAUAAACACCACAUCGGACCACGAUACAUCGAGGUAUAUCGGGCCAGCGGGGAAGACUUCCUUUCAGUAGCAGGGGGUGCGACAUGCGAGGCCGCGGCGUUUCUCUCGCGCGGCGCGCAGGUCAUCGUGCGUAUGCGCGGACUACCUUAUGACGCCACUGCGCAGCAAGUGCUGGAAUUCUUCUCAACGGGGGAGGACCCUGUGCAAGUGCUAGAUGGAGCGGAAGGCGUGCUGUUCGUGCGCCGUGCCGACGGCCGCGCCACCGGAGACGCAUUCGUGUUGUUCGCCAAAGAAGACGAUGCCCCCAAAGCGCUCUCCAGACAUCGGAAUCUUAUUGGCGCGCGAUACAUCGAACUAUUUAGGUCGACUACAGCCGAGGUUCAGCAGGUACUAAACCGGUCAUUAGAGACUCGCACAAGUGCAGCCAGUACUCCAUCGACGGCCACUGCCCCAUCUGAAGGCCUACUGCCAGUGGCAUUAGUGCCACAGCAUGUCAUUACAUCCGGCACCGCCAAAGACUGCGUCAGGCUGCGGGGACUGCCUUACGAAGCACAGGUGGAGCACAUCUUAACGUUCCUAGAUGAAUUCGCGAAGAAUAUUGUAGUCCAGGGCGUGCACAUGGUGUACAAUGCUCAGGGCCACCCCAGCGGCGAGGCGUUUAUCCAGAUGGACAGCGAGACGAGCGCGUAUCUCUGCGCACAGCAGAAACACCAUCGGUACAUGACCUUCGGCAAGAAGCAGCGGUAUAUCGAGGUCUUCCAGUGCAGCGGCGACGACAUGAACAUGGUGCUAACAGGCGGCGUGACCCCAGCCACUUCUCCCAAAGUGCUGUCGCCCGGUCCGCUAACAUACUACUAUCCCCCACCUAUGGGCCCGACGCUGCCGCCUCCACUCGUCUAUUGGGGCUACCCUACCCCGCCAGUGUCUCCUGCGCAUUAUUAUCAUCCCCCUCAUCAUCCCCAAACCAUGAUUCCAGAAGUGGUGUCUGUAAGUGGAGGGUCGCCCAUUCCCAUACCAGCGCCGGCCGCCUGUCCUGAAUGGCCCAUCUACAUGGUCAAUUGACCCAUUAAAACGUGACCAAUCACGACAACGCCAUUAAUGGCCAUUAUGCCAAAGUUGGUCAAAAAACUAAACGGACAUGCAACAUGGUCUCCACAGCUGUAGUUUAAAUUU